ACCAGGGCAGCCAUAUUUGCGUUUCGGUCGUCGAAAUGAGUGCACUGGGCGAGAGAGUGAUGUGAAUAUAUUGUUUAUGAGGACAGUGAGUGGCCAAAUUAUCAGUGAUUCCGUGGGCUGAAGUGGCGUCAAAUGUGCUGAAAAUUGUCUGUGUGGCGUGAAGAACUGUCUAAAGCUACAAUGAGUUGGGGUACUGAACUGUGGGAUCAGUAUGACAACUUGGCCUUGCAUACGCAGAAGGGAAUUGAUUUCCUGGACAAAUACGGCAAUUUCGUGCGAGAUAGAUGUGCCAUUGAAUUGGAAUAUGCAUCAAAAUUGAGGCGACUCGUGAAGAAUUAUCAACCAAAAAAGAAAGAAGAGGAAGAUUAUGAAUACACGUCGUGGCAGGCAUUCAGAAAUGUGCUGAAAGAGAUCGGGGAUUUGGCCGGGCAGCGAGAAAUUGUUGCGGAGACACUCCAGGCGAAAGUUAUUCAUGGGAUUUCGCUGUUGUCGAAGAAUCUGCGCGAUGAUCGCAAGAAGAGUCUAACAGAAGGUGCUCAACUCACGCACACGCUGACGAAUCAAAUUGCGGCACUCGAGAGGGCGAAGAGGAACUAUGAUAAGUCGUACAGAGAUGCUGAGAAGUCAAUUGAGAACUAUCAGAAAGCCGAUGCGGAUCUCAAUCUCAGUCGUGCUGAUGUGGAAAAGCAUAAACACAACAUGACCAUGAAAUGCCAGCAGUCCGAUGAUUCGAAGAAUGAGUACGCUAAUCAGCUGCAGAAGAGCAAUAAAUUGCAACAGACUCACUAUGAGACAUCGCUACCAGAAGUAUUCAAUCGACUGCAGGAGAUUGACGAGAAGAGGACGAAGGGUCUGAAGGAGUUCAUCAAGAGCGCCGCAGACGCCGAAUCGUCCGUUGCCCCAAUCAUUGCCCGGUGUUUAGAAGGUAUCGUGAAAGCGUCUGAGUCAAUCGAUGAGAAGGAGGACUCGUUAAAAGUGAUAGAAAGAUACAAAUCUGGAUUCACACCUCCAACAGACAUUCCAUUUGAGGAUUUAUCAAAAGUUGAUGCAGAAUCGUCAAAUUACUCUUCACAAAAUAACUUAGGGAUAAACAAUAUGACACAAAAAGGAACAAUGGGUGCUACUAAGUUAAAGAAGCGUGUCGGAAUAUUUGGAAUUUUCGGUAGUAACAAGUUACUUGAGGCCUGCAUAACGGUAAAGAAUACUCUGUCGACGGACGGCAUGAAGGAGGACUUCAGUGAUUUGCCACCGAAUCAGCGACGCAAGAAGUUGAUGGCGAAAAUCCAGGAGAUUCAGCAGAAGAUAACCCAAGAGACGGCGGCGUACGAUGGGUUGGUGAAGAUGAAAGGCGUCUAUGAGGCCAACACAAUGCUGGGCGAUCCAACGACAGUGGAUGCCCAGCUUAAUGAGUCCGGAAGUCGACUGGAGAAACUCAAGAGUGAACUGAAGAAGUUCAAAAUGUACUUGGACGCGGCAAAUAAUGCGCAAAUGAUGCAACAUAGUCCGCAACAGCACAGAAAUAUGUACAAUGGACAGAGAUCAUCACGGCAUUCCAAUGGUAGCGGGGAGAAUGAAGAUGGAGAAGAUAAUCCAGACGAUGCGGGAAGCUUAAGCAGGUCAGCAUCUGAGGGUAGUGUGGCACAGGCGCAAAAUGGGCUUAACAUUAAUAAUAAUGGCAGUUCGGCGAGUCCCGAGAGCGGCUUGGGAACAUCACACACUUCCCUUCCUGGCUCUGGACAAGGAAGUGCCAAUGAUAAUACACACCCAGAAGACAUGUACUACGAAGCUGAGCUUCUCCAGCCUCUGGGAACAUGCAAAGCUCUCUAUCCAUUCGAUGCCACCAGUGAAGGAAGUAUUCCAAUGGCUGAAGGUGAAGAGCUGCAAGUUAUUGAAUUAGACCAAGGCGACGGCUGGACAAGAGUUCGUCGCAUGUGCGGCGCGAGCGGCUGGGAGGAAGGAUUUGUACCCACGAGUUAUAUUGAGAGUACGCUGUAUGCAUAGGUAUUCAGUAGGAUGAAUUAGGCACUAUAUAUAUAUAUAUACAUAUAUUUUCCAUACAACACGGCAAAAGAGAAGGAGAAAAGAUUUAAAUAGUCAAAUUCGUAGAUUGUAUGUCUCGCAAGUUCAAGAAAUCUCGAGAAUUCACGGAAAAAACCUGCAAUGUGUAAAAUUUUAUACAAUUACUUUUUUAGAUAAUUAUAUUGUUGUUAUUGCAGUGUAAUUUUUUAUCAUCACUUACAGUAUAAAAUGGUGUUUUUUUUUAAAGAAGAAAGAGCCUAAAAAAUUCGCUUUAGAUUCUGUUCUUUCAAAGUGAUUUAUUUUAUUUAUUGACUCGUGUGAAGAGAUAAUCUUUUUAAUAUAAAAAGAAAAACAAUGGAUAUCAAACUGCAGUAAGAAUAAAUUAAUCAGUAACUAAUUGAAUGAUAAAAUACUAUUUAUGAGCUCACCACAAAAAUUUAUACAAAUAUUCUAUUGACUGAAUUACUUCUGAUAAGAGAAGAGAAGAGAGAGAGAGAGAGACGGGGAGUAAACAUUAAUGAAACUAAACAAAAUAUGAUAAACUCUUUAUUAGCUAUAAAUUGCUCAUUCGAACUUAUUCCUAAAUGCAAAAUUUGUACAUACAUCAAUUCUAUAUAAUAUACUGAUUGUCCUAUUUUUUAAAAUGUGAGAAGAAAAUGAUGAAAACUUGCAAGAAAGCGAUUCAAUUUUAUUGUAGUAGAAUUAAAUGAUAUAUGACAAUGAGAAGAUUUUUAAAACUGUAAAACUCUUGAUAUAUCGUUUCAAAAUAAACAUUAAAUGCAGAGAGUAUUAUUGCUAUAUUUUAUUAGUUCUUUUGUAAGUUGCAACAUUUUGUAAAUAUCCACACUAUUUUAAUCUUUAUUUAAGAUUAAGGGUAAAAAAUUCACCUAAAAAUGCUUGUAAAUAAUUUCAUCAGUGGCGAUAAAGAAUCACAUUUUGUAGCUGAGAGAAUGCUGGCGAUUGUUCUUCCUUAUCUUCUUUCAUGAUAUUCUCAUCGAAUAUUUACAAAAAAAAACAUUGAAAUAGCUGGAGAAAAAGAGAAAUAAUAAUUAUACGUUAACGCUAGUCCCGUAUUUAUGACAGAUUUGUUGAUUCCGCAGCGGCGCAUUCUCGAGCAAAUAGCAAAAGAAUAGUUUGUUGACAUUAUUUUGCACACCGUGAAGAAAAAUAACUUCACACGAAAAAACAUUUGGGUAAAAAUAUCCAAGUAAUAUCUCUGUCUAAUGUUCUUAUUCAUUGCAAUUUUUCUGUAUAUUUAGCAUUGCAAGAAAAUAAAAAUUCGCAUUGUAUUA